AUGGCCAGAGCCGAAGCCGAAAUCAUCAGUGGCCGACCUACCGUUCGCAUCUACAUCCAGUUAGUCAUGAUGUCCGAGAGGUUCGCCCUUGGGAUUCCCCUGUCCACAAUCAUCGCACAGCUGAGGGUCUUUGCGAGGAAGCGCACGGGCGUGGCUCCGGAGACUCAGCGCCUCAUCUGUCGUGGGAAGCAACUCGAAGAUCACCGGACGCUGAACGAUUAUUGUUGCUACGGAGACGACGAGAUCCAUGUGUUGUUGAGACUGAUGGGUUCGUAA